AUGGGGAAGAGGGGAAAAGGAACUAACCGCCCAACGUUCCCUCUGCAUCCUUCUCCUCCCUCACCCUCCUCCGCCUCUCCUCAAUCACUCAUUCAACCACUCCCUAACCCUUUCCCAUCCCAUCCUCGACUCUUCUUCUACACUUUCCUUUUCCUCAUCAUACGCCACCUGGACACACUCCAGUGCAUGCCUCUCCUCCAACUCGACCUGCGCGAGUACCGCUGAUCUUUCUAGUGUAUUGAGAGGGGGAACAAGCGGGGUUUGUAGAGGGCGUGCAGGUCGGGUGGAGAGUUAAAUGGAGGCACU